AUGUGGGAUGAUGCAAGUGUUGAGAUAUUUAUAAGUGUUUGUGUAGUUGAGACAUUAGCCGGAAAUCAAACAGGUGGUCAUCUUAAUAGAAUUGGAUGGAAAAAUGUUAUUAAAAAAUUUAAUGACCUUACUCAAAGGUCAUAUGUUCAUAAACAACUCAAGAACAAAUGGACUACACUUAAGAAAGAAUGGCAAUUGUGGGCAUCAUUAGUUGGAAAAGAGACUGGCUUAGGAUGGGAUCCUGUGAAGCAAACUAUCAUUGCAAGUGAUGAGUGGUGGGAGAAAAAAGUGAAGUUGGUCAUAUUUCAGGAGAAUUCUGAAGUUGCAAAAUAUCGAAAUAGUGGAUUGAAAAAUGUUGACCAACUGGACAUUUUGUUUAAAGAAGGAGCUGUUACAGGUGUAGGUGCAUGGGCACCCUCACAAGGGUUGAUGAGUAAUAAUGUCCAAAAAGCUCCAACAUGCAAACAAAAUGACGGUCAAGAUGAUUUGGAGAAUGACAUAGAUAAUAAUGAGGGGCUUGACGACAUAGCCGAUGUUGAGACACCUUCCCCUGCUCAACCUUCAACACAAGGAAGAGGAACAAAAAGAACAAGAGAUUCUAAAAGAGUUGGAAUUGGGGCCAAGAUGAUAAAGCAAUUAGAUGGUAUUUUAGAAGCUGUAAACAACCGUUCUAAGAGCAUAGAUAAGCCUGGUUGUAGCAUUGAGGAAGUGAUGCAAAUGUUGGAAGGAAUGCAUGAAGUUGUGAAUGAUGAUGAGCUCUUUAUGAAAGCGGCUGAUAUCUUCACUGAAAGAAAAAAUAGAGAGAUGUUUGUUGCAUUGAAGCAAUCUAACCGACAAAUCAUGUGGCUCAAGAGCAAGAAAAUUUGA